AUGAAUACAUCAACUACUUAAAAUUUAGAGGGCCAAACAAUGAUUUGCCAAUUUCAUAACAACGAAAUAAUAACUGCUGUAAACCUUAACUUAUCAAUAACUGGAAAUGCUACACAUUUGUGUAAUAACUGUUUAGUUGAUAAAACAAAUGAUAAUAAAAUAUUAAAAAUUAUGGAAGCAAAAUCAUAUAAGAAAUAAUGGUAACAAAGAAGGAAGAAUGAAAUUGAAAUAACUCUAACCUAAUUUUAAAACCUGUUUAAAAACAUAGUGUAGUUCAAAUUUAAGGUUAAUAGUGUUUUGUAAAAAAAUUUCAAAUGAAUUAUAAAAAUAAAGUAUGCUUAAAUCACAAGAAUUAUUUUUAUUUGAAAAUUUUUAACUUAGUCAAAUUUCUGGGAGGAUGUUAAAUUAUUAUAAGAAUUUAUUUCGAAACCAGAAGAUUAAAUGGAAUUUCAUUAUAUAAAUUAGAUGUAGAGCUAGUUUUAACAAGUUUCAGAUGAUAUAGACUACCUGUAAACUAUUGAACCUUUUGAAAAUGCUAAAAAGAUAAUAACUAACUUCAAUGUGGAGAAUUAAAUUCAAUUAGAACCACCAAAACUUGAAAAUAAUAUAGUAUAUUUUAUAUAUAAUUAGAAAACAUUGAGUUUAAGUACACUUUGUAAAGAUCAUCACAAGGAAAUAGUUCUGAUUGACAUAGAUUCUGAGAAUCUUUAAACAGAAAAAAGAUUAGCUUGCGUUCGAUGCAAAAGUAAUGGGAGCUCAUAAAAAUUAAAAACGGUUCAAGAAAUAGAUGAGUUAUGGAAUUAAAAAAAGUAGAAGGUAUAUUAAGAUAAAAUUGCUAAUCAAUAAAAGUCAAAGAAGUAAAUUAUAGAAGUUAAAUGAAUAAAUUUCCUAAAUUAGUAAGAAUUACUAUUAGUAGUUAAAUCUAAUUACUCAGGAAAUUUUUCUAACCAAUUAUAUAAAUCUGCAAGACUAGCAAGAUAAAAUAAAAUACUAUACAAUAAUUAAGUUAUGAAGAAUUGCUUUCAGUUAUUGAUGAUUUGGUUCAAUAAGACAAAGAAAUGGUUACUUUAGAUGACUAUAAGAUAACGAAGGAUGUAGAAAGCAAAUUAGAAAAAUUAAAAUAUGAUUUCUAAGUAGACAUUUAAAAGUCAAUUAAUUAUUUAAAUGAUUAAUCAAAUUAAGAUUUUUAAUUAUUAGGUGAUAGACAAAUCUUAGAAAUUUACAAAAAAUUUAAACGAUUUCAAAUGUACAAUUAAAACAAUAAAUAAGAAUAUAGGAGUUAGAUGAAUUUAUAAUUUCUUCAAAAUAAUUAUAUUGUUAGACGGAAUUGUUAAAUUAGACUAAAAAUUAAUUUUAACAACAUGUGA